ACAGAGCGAGAGAGAGAGAGAAAGCGAGAGAGACAAAGGGGGAGGGAGGCAAUUCAAACCGGAAUAAUUAGAGAGUGGGUCACUACUGGAAGAUAACGUCCGUCGGUACAUACGACAAACGACAGCCGAUAAAACGUAACCGUUGCAGAAGAGGACGGGAAGAGGCUGGACCGGCGCCGCCGCCGACGUUCAGCGCCGGCACAUCUGAGCAGUUUCCUCCGGCUCUGAGCAUCCGACACCGCCUGGACCGUGAACCGCUGCCCAGUCAGGAGCGGGAGGAGAAGGAAACGAUGACGGCGACGAUUUGAAGGGGGAUUUGACUUCAUUUAAUAUUUGUUUUGUUUGUCAAGUCGCCGCGACGAGUGCGGAGGGGGCUCGGAACGGGUCUUCCAGAAAACCACCAUGAUCCUCUGCUCCUCCAUCUCCCUCCUGGUCGCCAUGGCCGUCGUCCUCCCUGCUUCCCAGGGAUGCCCAGACGGCUGUCGCUGCUACAGCCUCACCGUGGAGUGUGGCUCUCUCGGAAUCAAAGAAAUCCCACAAGGUGUCCCGUCCGCCACAGAGACUUUCUUCCUCCAGGACAACACCAUUGUCCAGAUCCGUCUUCAGGACCUGACCGGACUGGGCAGCCUCCAUUACCUGUACCUGCAGAACAAUAGCGUGUCUGCCCUGGAGCCUGGGGCGUUUCUUAACCAGGAGCAGCUGUUGGAGCUGGCGCUCAACGGGAACCUCAUCCACCUGGUAACCGCUGAUAUGUUUCGGGGGCUGGAACACCUUCGGAUCCUCUACCUCGCCAGCAACCAGAUUACCCGGAUACAGGACCACACCUUCAGGGGCCUGCAGCGCCUGCAGGAACUGUACCUGCAAGACAACAGCAUAGAGCUGCUGGCAGAGCAGGCCCUGUCUGGCUUGUCAUCUCUGGCACUGCUGGACCUCAGCAGAAAUCACCUCCGCACUCUAGGAGCAGCGUCUCUCAAACCACUUAUCAGCCUGCAAGUGCUACGUGUCACAGAGAACCCAUGGCGCUGUGACUGUGCACUGGGCUGGCUGAGGACCUGGAUCAGUAAAGACGGCCAGCGUUUGUUGAGCUCUGCCGAGCAGCGACGGCUCAUGUGCUCUGAGCCGCCCCGCCUUUCCCACCUCAGCCUGGUGGAGGUGGCUGCCAACAGCCUGGUCUGCAUCCCCCCUGUGGUGCAGCUGGAGCCGAGCCACCUGACGGUGCGGCUUGGGGAGAGCCUCAGAGUGUCCUGCCAGGCCUCGGGAUACCCCCAGCCACAGGUGACGUGGAAGAAGGCCUCCUACGGAAAGGCCCAGCUGUCACCCCGAGGCCUGGUCCAGGAGCUGGGACCCAACGGGGAACUGUUUAGGCCUGGUGCUGGGGGCGUGGUCACAGCCCUGCCCAGCAGUGCAGGGCUCAAGGUGGGAGGUGCUGGUGGGAUCCAUGGACUCGUACGUGGCACUGAGGAGGGAGGUGAGAGGGACAGCUUCGACCCAGACAUGGGCAGCGGAAUGCUGUUCCUCAGCAACGUCACGGUAGCGCACGCUGGUCGAUACGAGUGCGAGGCCUGGAACCCGGGGGGCGUGGCCAGGGUGACCUUUCACCUGGCCGUCAACAUGUCCUCCUCUUCAUAUUCAUCUCAGUUUUGGCCUCGUUUGAACACACACUCCUUUGUCUCCUCUUCAUCCAGCUCGUUCUACCGGCCAGAGGUUCUGGAUGUGAGCCAGGAACCUCUGUACGAGCAGGACAGCAUGGAUUUCAGCGCUCUGGGUCCUGCCACACAAACCGCCAUUGCCAUUGGGAUCUCCUUGCUAGCCCUCACCGCUAUUCUCCUCCUGAUCAUGAUCUAUACUCGCCAUCAGCAGUACCGGAAAGAGGAAGGAGGCUCCUACUGCACCGGCAAGGAAGAAAGCAUUCUCUAUGUCAAUGACUACUCGGAUGGACCCACCAUCUUCGCACAGUUGGAGGAGUAUCGUGAUGACCAUGGCCAUGAGAUGUACGUCCUCAACCGAGCCAAGCCCGUCUUGGGCUCCACAUCGUCCAGGAUUCCCAUGAUGGGUGGGUUUGACCAACAGAAGGGCAUGAAGGAGGCACUCCUAGACCAUGAGAUGGUGCAGACACUGACCAGAUCAGGGGGAAUGGGGCUUUGCAGAAAUCCAGGAGACGGCGGAGAAGGUCCUCUAACAACAGACCCAGAGGAGCUUUUCCUCAGUCAGAGCCUCCUUUUCGGAUCACAGGUUGCCUAUGAGAUCCACUGCUAAAGUCCUUUAAAAAGUUGAUGGACUAAUGGACAUAUAAAGAACUCGCCUCACUCAGUCAUAAAGAUGAAGCUUUUCAAGAAAAAGUCCAGUUGAUGAACAAUUAGCAAUUCAAUAGAUUUCUGUCUCCAAAGCAGCCCUUUAAACACAAGUGUAAGUCUGUAAAGUCACCAAGCGUUCUAGUGUCACCAGAGGCUGAAGCUGUGCAGCACAGUGGCAUCUAACAAUGGGGACUCAUAAACUGUGAUUCAUGUUUUGGAUCUUAUCUUUAGUUUUUCAUUUCUUUGCUGUUUAGUCUGUGGUUUGUGUGAAUAUAACGGAGGUAAUUUUCACUGUGAAGUAGCUGUUUUGUGGACUCAGUAGAAUUAAACCUCAGCCAAUCGUCCUCCUGAGCCUGCAUUCCAUUAGCCGUAUGUGUGAGUGGGUGUGGGUGGGCGGGUUUGUUUAGAGAGACUCAUUUUCCAUGCAGCAGAAAAGCCUUUUACAUCGCACAUGUUCCACGUCUUGAUGUAAACUGCAACAUUUCUGCAAUUCAGUAUUUGGUGGAACUGAUUUAAUUAACAUCAGCCUGUUGCAACCAUUGUAAUGUGAAUUUUGUAAAGUCUGCCCUCAGUUUCUACAUAAUAAAGUGUAUUUUAAAGUGA